GAGUGCACUGCGAGGCGGGCCGCAGGGAGGGAGGCGCGAGGAGGGCGCGAGGGGCAGCCGGAGGCAGCCGCCGCCCGCGCCCGCCCGGGUCCCCGCGGGGCGCAUGGGGCGCUUCGAGCCGGGAUCGCGCGCGGGCCCCGCGCCCAGCUUCCUGCUGCCGUGAGAAGCCGCGCCGGGACGCCCCCAGCCCCGAGCUGCCGGGAGGAUGACCAUGGCUGGGGGCCGGAGGGGACUGGUGGCCCCGCAAAACACGUUUCUGGAGAACAUUGUCCGGCGCUCCAAUGAUACUAAUUUUGUUCUGGGGAAUGCCCAGAUAGUGGACUGGCCCAUUGUGUACAGCAAUGAUGGAUUUUGCAAGCUGUCUGGCUAUCACAGGGCAGAAGUGAUGCAAAAAAGCAGUACCUGCAGUUUUAUGUAUGGGGAGCUGACUGACAAAGACACCAUUGAAAAGGUGCGGCAAACCUUCGAGAACUAUGAGAUGAAUUCCUUUGAAAUCCUGAUGUACAAGAAGAACAGGACACCUGUGUGGUUCUUUGUGAAAAUUGCUCCAAUUCGAAACGAACAGGAUAAAGUGGUUUUAUUUCUUUGCACUUUCAGUGACAUAACAGCUUUCAAACAGCCGAUUGAGGAUGAUUCAUGCAAAGGCUGGGGCAAGUUUGCUCGGCUGACCAGAGCUCUGACCAGCAGCAGGGGUGUCCUGCAGCAGCUGGCUCCCAGCGUGCAGAAGGGCGAGAACGUUCACAAGCACUCCCGCCUGGCAGAGGUCCUGCAGCUGGGCUCAGACAUCCUUCCCCAAUACAAGCAAGAGGCGCCAAAGACUCCCCCUCACAUCAUCUUGCACUACUGUGUUUUUAAGACCACGUGGGAUUGGAUCAUCUUGAUCUUGACCUUCUACACAGCCAUCUUGGUCCCUUACAAUGUCUCCUUUAAAACCAGGCAGAACAAUGUGGCAUGGUUGGUUGUGGACAGCAUCGUGGAUGUCAUCUUUUUGGUGGACAUUGUGCUGAAUUUUCACACCACUUUUGUUGGGCCAGCAGGGGAGGUCAUUUCCGACCCCAAACUCAUCCGAAUGAACUACCUGAAGACGUGGUUUGUGAUUGACCUUCUGUCCUGUUUGCCAUAUGAUGUCAUCAACGCUUUUGAGAACGUGGACGAGGUUAGUGCCUUUAUAGGUGACCCAGGGAAGAUUGGUUUUGCUGAUCAGAUUCCACCACCCCUGGAGGGGAGAGAGAGUCAGGGCAUCAGCAGCCUGUUCAGCUCUCUGAAGGUUGUCCGGCUGCUCCGUCUCGGGCGAGUGGCCCGCAAGCUGGAUCACUACAUUGAGUAUGGCGCUGCUGUGCUGGUCCUGCUGGUGUGCGUGUUUGGGCUGGCUGCGCACUGGAUGGCCUGCAUCUGGUACAGCAUCGGGGACUACGAGAUCUUCGACGAGGACACCAAGACGAUCCGCAACAACAGCUGGCUCUACCAACUGGCCAUGGACAUUGGCACCCCGUACCAGUUUAACGGGUCUGGCUCAGGGAAGUGGGAAGGUGGCCCCAGCAAGAAUUCUGUCUACAUCUCCUCCUUGUAUUUCACCAUGACCAGCCUCACCAGCGUGGGCUUCGGGAAUAUCGCCCCCUCCACGGACAUCGAGAAGAUCUUUGCUGUGGCCAUCAUGAUGAUUGGCUCACUUCUCUACGCCACCAUCUUUGGAAAUGUGACGACCAUUUUCCAACAGAUGUACGCCAACACCAACAGGUACCACGAGAUGCUCAACAGCGUGCGGGACUUCCUGAAGCUCUACCAGGUGCCCAAAGGACUGAGUGAGCGGGUCAUGGAUUAUAUCGUGUCCACCUGGUCCAUGUCCAGGGGCAUCGACACAGAGAAGGUUCUACAGAUCUGCCCCAAGGACAUGAGAGCUGACAUCUGCGUGCAUCUGAAUCGCAAGGUGUUCAAGGAGCACCCCGCCUUCCGGCUGGCCAGUGAUGGCUGCCUGCGUGCCCUGGCCAUGGAGUUCCAGACGGUGCACUGUGCCCCAGGGGACCUCAUCUACCACGCAGGAGAGAGUGUGGACAGCCUCUGCUUCGUGGUCUCCGGCUCCCUGGAGGUGAUCCAGGAUGACGAGGUGGUGGCCAUCCUAGGGAAAGGAGACGUAUUUGGGGAUGUGUUCUGGAAGGAAGCCACCCUCGCCCAGUCCUGUGCCAACGUGAGGGCCCUGACCUACUGUGACCUGCACGUGAUCAAACGGGACGCCCUGCAGAAGGUGCUGGAGUUCUACACGGCCUUCUCCCACUCCUUCUCCCGGAACCUCAUCCUCACCUACAACUUGAGGAAGAGGAUCGUGUUCCGGAAGAUCAGCGACGUGAAGCGGGAGGAGGAGGAGCGCAUGAAGCGGAAGAACGAGGCCCCGCUGAUCCUGCCCCCGGACCACCCGGUGCGGCGCCUCUUCCAGCGCUUCCGGCAGCAGAAGGAGGCCCGGCUGGCGGCGGAGAGGGGCGGCCGGGACCUGGACGACCUGGACGUGGAGAAGGGCAGCGUGCUGGCCGAGCACGCCUCGGCCAACCACAGCCUGGUGAAGGCCAGCGUGGUCACGGUCCGCGAGAGCCCUGCCACGCCCGUGGCCUUCCAGGCGGCCUCCGCCGCAGCCGUGGCGGACCACGCCAAGCUGCACGCACCGGGCUCCGAGUGCCUGGGCCCCAAGGCGGGCGGGGGCGACUGUGCCAAGCGCAAGGGCUGGGCCCGCUUCAGAGACGCCUGCGCCAAGGGGGAGGACUGGAACAAGGUGUCCAAGGCCGAGUCGAUGGAGACGCUGCCCGAGAGGACCAAGGCGGCGGGCGAGGCCACGCUGAAGAAGACGGACUCCUGCGACAGCGGCAUCACCAAGAGCGACUUGCGCCUGGACAACGUGGGCGAGGCCCGCAGCCCCCAGGACAGGAGCCCCGUGAUGGCAGAGGUCAAACAUUGCUUCUACCCCAUCCCCGAGCAGACGCUGCAGGCCACCGUCCUGGAGGUCAAGCACGAGCUGAAGGAGGACAUCAAGGCCUUGCACGCCAAGAUGAGCACCAUCGAGCAGCAGCUGGCCGAGAUCCUCAGGCUGUUAACUUCCAGAAGGUCCUCCCAGUCCCCGCAGGAGCUGUUCGAGAUCUCCAGGCCCCAGUCCCCAGGGUCCGAAAGAGACGUGUUUGGAGCCAGCUGAGAGGUUCUCGUCCAGAGUCAAGGACAAAACCCUAGACCCCCUUGCCCGGACACCACCCACCACCCAUGCCCACGCGGCCAACAGUUUUCAAGGCAGGUUUCUCCCGAGGGAAAACCUGAGCAGGACCUGUGGCUCGGCAGGUGUGCUCUCCCUGGAGAACAGGACGGGGCGAGGGGCAGCGCCCCGAGCCUGCAAGCCGGCAGCUGCCUCUGCCGUGGAUCCACACCAUUCCCCCGGGAAGGGGCAGGCUGGCUCCGGGGGACUUCCUUCGUUUGUAAUUUUUUACUACUGGGAUAUUUGUACAAGGUUCAAACUACCAGAAAAGAGUGGCCACCGCGCGGGAGUGGGCAGGGGAGUGCCCGGAGCCCUCCUGGACUCCUGUAAAUACCUGUUUCCCUGUUGACGCUGGUGAGGAGCUUGGGACAAGGGGAUCCUGUCCACUUCUUGCCUCUGAAGGUGCAGGCGGCUGGUGCCUGCCUCCCCAGGGCAGCUUCAGGUCUCAGUGCCCCAGAGAGGUGAGGCAGGGGGGAGGGACCCUGGGCCCCCACGAGGCUGCAGAGGCCCCCGUGAGCUCUGGAAGCCAAGUGAGCCUCCCGUGGCGGGUUGCUGUGCUGCUUUUCCGUCUUGACCUCUUCCCACGUGUUCCCGUGGCAUUCCUCAGGGUAUGGAGCAUUGGCAGGAAGGGCCUGGGCCCCAAGUUGCUUUGUUCAAUACACACACACACACACACACAGCCUCAAGAUGACCGUAGCCAGCGCUAUGGCGAUAUUUGAACAUUUUCAUUCUCCUUGGAUUGCCCUGCAGACGUCUGUAUUUUCUUCACCACGUAUCCCCCGAGGACAGCCGGGAGCGUGCUUGGCCUUAUUUUUAAGGCAGCCUCUUUACUUUCUGCUGUAGCCAGUAGGAUUGCAGGAGGAAGCAGGAAGAUGAGAGGGGCACAGUCAUCUGAAUUAAGCAGGAGGGAUUUGAGCUAUCUCCACGCAGGACCAGGGGCAGGGCCCAGGAAAGGGCGAGCUCUGUGCCACCUCCGGGCUGAUGCAGAGUGCGCUCACGGGGUCAGGCUGUGCGUGCACUGGGGCUUUUCCCAGCAACAGCCCAGCGAAAGAGAAAAAAGUCUCUUCCAGCAAAGUGGAGCUAGCUGAGGGGUAUGACCUGGAGAGAAGAGAGGUCCCGGGACCCCAAACACUGCCUAGCAAGGCUGGGAGUUCAGCCCUGAACACUCCGCUGUGCGAGAGUGUGACGAGGGCUGUGGGCAACAGCAUGGACUGAUCCAGGUUGCGCUUUGGCCCUCUGGCACCCCCAUCCCUGGCACGGCUUCGCUACUGAGAUUCUGAGUCCCGGUGUCCUUAGGGAACCCCGCAGGUCAUGCCCUACCAAAGAUACUCAGCGUUUGUGCAGGCCCCCUGCCCCUUCAGUCUUGCUCAGCAGCCACCACACAGCCCAGGACCUGGCCCGCAGAUGUUGGUGCACGGCAGGCUGACCUCCCUCACUUGACCAGGUCAGCACAGAUGGCUCCAGGGAGCAGGGCCCAGGAGGGCACCUGCCCCCAAUGCCCUGCACACGCACACCCUCUGCCUCUCCUGGGAGCCUUGCAGAGGUGGCCUCCGGCUCCCUGGGCUGGGACGUUAUUUAGCCACGAGGGAGAAGGUGUGAUUUCCCAAGGCCGAGGCGUGCCUGUUUGUGAGUCUGGAUAAAGCUGGGGGGCCUCCAGCUUCCUCAACUGGGGCAGAAGCUAUAACGUAUCUGGACUCCCGGCUGCUCCUAUGCUUCCUAACUAGCUUCUGAAGCUUAAGACCUGCUUUUGGGGCAGGGCUAGGGCCCCUAUUACCCUAACAGCUAGCUUCAGAAGCGUCGCCGCCCAGGGCUCCAGUUACCUGGUGUCAAGCCCUGUCCAGCUCGUCACGGGCUGGCGCAUCCCUCCCGGAAACAACUCCCCAGGUAGGCCCGAAAGCUCAGGGUUCUUUCCAGGGAGAUGUACCCCCAAAGUAGCGCCAUCAGCUGGCCCAGGCUCUGCUGUGGAAAUCUGCCCAGCUCGAGGUUGUAGGGGUCACAGUGACAGCAGCGUGUGACCGUCUAAGCUUGUAUUCUCCGUUUUUUUUCUGUCUGCUGUAAUUGUUUAAAAAGUUUUUUUUUCCAGAGAAAAUGAGCCCAACCUUUCUUCCUUGCCUUUGCCUGGCUUGCACUUGGCCCCGGGUAGCUUUGUGCUGUUGACCUGGCGUGGCCACAACCCCGCCCGGUGUCCUGGGCGUGGACCACAGACUCCAGAUCCCACUGUUCCCUGGUAGCUGGAGAGAGCAGGGAACAGAGGUUCAGGUUUUAGACUGAACUUGUGCACUUCAGAAAAAUCCUGCUGAGAGCCACACAUCCUUUGGAGGCAAUUUUCCCCUUUCUGAAGACAGCCCGGUGUCUCACACCACUGCCGGCUGAACUCCCUCCUUUGAACGUCAUUCUUAGAGAAGCUUCCGUUUCUGAGGUAUCCCAACAGGCUGUGUCCCCGUGCCCCGGCUGCUUCCUUCCACUGAUGGAGGUGUGGGGAGCGGGCUCAGUCCCAGACGAGGAUGCUCCAGGGUGUGCGUGCCUGCACAGCACGGACUCCAGCCACGUGUGCUGCCAUCCCCCGACCUCCCCCGCUGGGCAUGACAGCGUGGCCAAAGGCAGGCGAGAGAGGCAGCCAUUUGGUUGAGAAUCUCUGGUCUAGUACACACUUAAUGCAACUAAUUAAUUGCAUUAAUACAUUGCUACACAAUGCUAUAAGUCUCCAAGCGUUUGAAAGCUAUUCUCAUCUCAGCAGAGAUCCAGCAGGCCUUUCUUUUCUUUGGGUUCUUCUUGCUGACUCCUGGGGCCCGUUUUACCCCCAGUCUCUGAUCCUGUGUACUGCUGCAGGCCGAGCCCCUUUCCUGGAAUCCUUCUCUUUCAAAAGCUGGGAGAGCUGGGCUGGGGACAAAAUCGUACUUCACCCUGCCCGAUGCAGCAAGCCUCUCUCUCCCACGUCCUCAGGUGGCAGGUGCCAGUGUUAGGCCGGCUGUCAGCCUUCCCCUCCACGCAUGCGUGGGGGCGGAAUGAACUCUUGAGGGAGUCUCGGUCGGGCCACAGCCCGUCUCCCCUUGCUGCACUGAUCUCUGGGAAAUUUUUGGAGCCCUGGUGGAGGUACAAGUUGCUCACAUGCAUUUGAUUAACAGAUUGUACUAUGUUUUGCAAUAAAGAUGUUUCGCCUUAAGACCCGUGAACGGAACUCCAGCCGUGACGGAGCUGCCACUGCCCCUUCCUCCCGCCCCACCUGCUGUUGCUUUGCGGGGAGGCCGCCAGCCUCUUCUCUGUCACGUCAUCCGUGUGACUGCCCCGUACACUUCCUUCAGUCAAGGUUACCUUCACCAGCUCCUGUGCCCUCCACCUGGGGGAGACUUCCCUGUCCUGCCAGCACCAACGGCAACCCUCGGAGGAAGCACUGUUUUCUCGCUGAAGGUGUUCACGGUCAAGUUUUAAUUUCUCCCACUCACGGUUCAAAAGAAUCCAUGUGAAUUUACCUACAGCUUACGUUAGUUUCACGUGAAACUGCACUCUCCUGCGAGCAUAUCAGACUCUGGGCCCUCAAGAACUGGACUUGAACAUUCUGCAGGUGCCAGAUGUUGGGGGUGCCCCCCCACCUACAUUACCCUCUUCUUGGAGCCAUUGUCUCUUUCUUAUCUGUGACUUCUGAGUCAUCCAGUGGCCCCGUCAGUAGUUCCCUGAGACGUUCACAGAUCUUGUAUCAGGAUAUGAACUGUUUUUGUGUUCAAAAGGAGGCAGCCCUGCCUGAUGAAUGUAUUCUCUUAAUAUUCAGCCGCUGUGUUGGUGCAUCAGCUGCAGACUGUCCACAUGCCACGUUUCACGGACACUGCAAGGACACUCCUUAGGAGCGGUUCGUCAUUCCAGCGCUUCUCCCUAUAUUAACACGCUUCCCAUUGAGUCCCGCCAAGUCCUUUAUUGAGUUUUUUUUCUUGCAUCUGUCAUUUUGUCCAAACAAGCAUGAAUAAACAGAAGUGCAAAUGAGCUGCUACCAUUUAUGUGGUCAGCUGAGGUUGGUGCCAGAACCCCCCCGGAUGUCUGUGGCUUGGGUAUGAUAAGAGGAACGUGUGGGACCCUCCAUGGAUGAUGUUCCUGCCCUUCUCUACAUUUUUAAACAAGCACAAAUGAUAUUUGUAAAAAGAUUAAAAAGUUUAAUUUUAUUUAUUAUGGUAAUAAACUAUUUUAUACAUGA